AGCGCCUCUAUCAGAGUUGGUCUGACCAGCGUGUUGGGUGGUUCUCAUCUGGUGAAGAAUGGUUGGCCUCCGAGUGCUGGUGCUCGUAGUGCUGGCAGGCGCGCUACAGGCAGUUGGCGCGGCGCUGCCACCGCCUGAGCGCUCCUACAACAUCCUUAUGCUGCUGCCCGUGUCCUCCAAGAGCCACCGCAACGUCUUCAUGCCCCUUGCCAAGGCCCUCACGCAGCGCGGUCAUAAGGUAACAAUGCUGAGCAACAGUCCUCUCUCUGAAGCUGAAGAAAUUCCUGGAUUGACUCAUUAUGAAAAUCCACUUGUUCAUUUUAAAAUAGACACCAUUAACACAUUUGAUAUGAUGGACGACCAUGAAAAAAUGUUCAAGAUGUUCAACGAGCGUUUACCUCUUAUGGCGAGAGACAUCUACGACGUUCCUAUCGUCAAAAAUUUGUAUAACAGAAGAAAGGAAUUUGAUGUGAUUCUUCUUGAUUCUAUCUUCAACGAGGUGAUGUACCCAUUCACGUUCAACCACACGUUCAUCGCCGUCAGUACUGGAGGGUUAGAUCCUACGAUGAGUUCAAUCAUGGGCAACACGCUCAACCCUGCAUACGUACCGAAUUUCUUGGAAGUACCGAAGCCUUUAUCUACUCUGGGCCGCUGGAAGAACUUGGCGCUCAGUAUCUUUUUCCCCAUUUCUUGGGAAUAUUCCGUUCAGGCUCCCAUUCAAGACGAGAUUACAAAACGUUUUCCCGACUUGCCCUCGUUCAGAGAAAUGGCCCGCAAUGUAAGUCUUACUUUGAUGAACUCCCACUUCAGCACCAGUCUGGUAGUUCCUCUACUACCAAACCAGGUUGAAGUUGGCGGCCUGCACAUUGAACCAACUAAACGAUUGCCAAAGGACCUAUCGGACUUCUUGUCUGGCACUACGCCGGUGGUGUACAUGAGUCUGGGUUCCGUAGCGCGCAGCAGCGCCAUGCCCCAGGAGUACAAAGACAUCUUCUUCAGCGCCUUCGCCAAGCUCCCCUACAAAGUCCUCUGGAAGUUCGAAGAAGAGCCUCAGCAAAAAUUGAAAAAUGUAUUCGUACAAAAGUGGAUGCCUCAACAGGAUAUAUUGGCUCACCCGAACGUUAAAGUUUUCAUCUCGCACUGUGGGCUGCUGGGAUCUCUGGAAGCACUGCAUUUAGGCACACCGAUUUUGGGCUUGCCCGUGUUCGCCGAUCAGCCCAAAAAUGCUAAAUUGCACGAGGUUAUGGGAAUUGGACGAAAGAUAUCUUGGCCAGACCUCACCGAGCAGCUGCUUAUCGACACCAUAGAGGAGCUCAUCACAAAUCCCAUGUACCAGGAAAACAUAAAAUCAAUUUCAGCGGCGAUGAAGGACCGUCCGAUGAGCGCCGUGGAGACGGCCGUGUACUGGACAGAGUACGUCAUCCGCCACCAGGGGGCGGUGCACCUGCGCUCCCCUGAGCGUGACCUCACCUGGGUGCAAUUGCUUCAUCUCGACCUCCUGCUUCUCUUGCAUGUCGCUCUUCUUCUUAUCUAUGUAGCCAUCUGGAAAUUUGUGUCGUUUUGCUUUGGCAGAAAAGAUCGUGGAAAUAAAUCGAAACGCAAAAAUGAAUAGAGCUAAAAUUGGGCUCUUUGGAGCGAUUGCUUAAUCAUUUUAUCUGAUGUGGCGAAGAAAAAUAUUUCAAAGGCACUAAUUGCACACGGGCAUUAUUUACGACUUAUCCUUAAUAUUAGAAGGUGAAAUAAACGUUAACGUGAUUUU